AACAAACUCCCGCAUUUCACUCACCUAAAAUGAACAGAAGCUGCGCCAGUUGCGCUACAUCAAAGGUCCGAUGCGAUCUCGACAAGAAGGGUCUUCCAUGCUCGCGAUGCCAGCAGAAGAAUUUGUCCUGCGUGCAAGCUGGGAGGAAGAAACGCAUGAGGAAAACGACGUCUAGCAGCAUCAGUUCGAACCCAUCGCCUGAGGUGAUUACCCAGCAAAAUGAACAGCAGCUACCGCUCGAUCAAAAUGUCGGUUGGCCAUUCUUCGACACCUCAUCCUUUGGUGAGAUCGACUUUCUGUCACAGCUUGUCGACAUUGAGAGCAUGGUUGACAUGAGCAAUUGGACAUGGAGUCCUAGCGAUAUGACAUCGACCAUCGGCGACAAUACAUUGCCUGACAAUAAUGAUCCCUGGACAGGUGCAAGAACAAAUGACGGAUUCAUCUGCCCAGAUAACUUCCGACUUCCAGCCGACUUCCUUCUUGAGCUUGAUGGCCCAGAGACCAUUCCUGUGCAUCGUCUUGAGACGCUGGCCAGGCUCUUCUUCUCGCACUUUCACCCUUCACUUCCUCUAUUGCAUAUUCCAACGUUCUGUCUGGCUUCAUCACCUUCUUUUCUCAUUCGAGCAAUUUGCUUCAUUGGUGCUGGCUUUGAUAAAGAUCCUACUUCUACAGCGGAAGCGAAGUUACUCUACGGCUCUCUUCCAUCACAGCUGGCUAAGUCCUGUCUUCGCUCAAACGGAAGCUCGCCAAACUUUCAAGAGCUACAAGCUUUGGUACUGCUACAAUUUGCUGCUAUGGCGAAUGGAGGAAGUGCCGAAAGAGCUGCGUCGAGGCUAAUACACCCUCUGCUUGUCGCGGCAAUACGCCACGAAGGUCUUCUCAAGGUUCACGGCGAAUGUACCAAAGCUACACGCAAUGCAUAUUUUUGGACAUCCUGGAUACAGAAAGAGUCGAAUAAACGAGUGCUAUGGGGCGUGUAUGCAGUCGACUGCUACCAAUCGAUACUUUGUGGCAGUAAGCCCAUCCUAUCCCCGACAGAUACGAGGGCAUCGUUCCCAUGCGACGAUGCCAGCUGGACGGCUUGCUCUGCAUCUCUAUGGGCUUCAUUACCAGCUCAAGAUCCUUCUAGCUGUUUCCUGACCUCCGUUAAAGGCCUCAUGGUAGGCCAUGCUCCUGCUGAGACAAAUCUGACUGAUUUUGGGAUGAAUCUUUUGAUCUUAGCAGUCAACUCGCUUUUGGUCGAAGCUCAAACUUCAAUAUUACCUGUCGAUACUUCAGCUCUGGACUUGGCACUACAGACUUGGUAUGCAUCUUGGCAACAAUAUCAAGCGCAGCCUCGGAGCCUUUGUGCCAGAACAGCAACCUCUAUCCUUAUUACGAAUAGCCUGUCUUUAUAUCGCUUGGGAGUCCACUUUAUCAGAAAUGGGCGGCCUGUACUGGAUGAAAAGGCUUAUCUGGAAAGGUCGACUGACACUCGGAACCCUCUCAUUAUCAAAGAGCAAGUGUAUCAAGACGAAAUGAUGAAAUAUGUAAGGAGAGUCCUUAAUGUGUUUGAAGAAGCAUAAUUCCAGAAUCUUGGACUUGGAUAGAGUGAGAUGAAACCAUAAGAUUCUGACAUUAAUGUCCUCAACGUCAAGCAGCCCUACUAUAAUUCAACGCCAUAGCCAAUAGCUCCGUGCUGACGCUCGUUCUUCCGAAUAAUAUUAAAUACAGUGGUGUGCC